AUGGCAGGCAAGCCGAAGAAGUUCAAGAUCGAACCCUUCAAGCACCCGUUGAAGCUAGACCCAAACUAUGCCGACAAUACCUGGCUGUUGUUAGAGAGCGCGAUCCACGAGAUCAACAACCACAAUGCCAGCGGGCUGAGCUUCGAGGAGCUCUACAGGAAUGCGUACAACAUGGUUGUGAACAAGUACGGGGAGCGGCUGUACCGCGGCCUGGUGGACACCGAGACCGCCCACCUGCGCAAGGUGGCGGCGCGGAUAGAGGCGGCCCAGGGCGAGGGCUUCCUGCGCGCCAUCAAGGCCGAGUGGGAGUCGCACAACAAGUCGGUGCAGAUGAUCCGGGACAUCCUCAUGUACAUGGACCGCAUCUACGUGAAGCAGCAGAACAAGACCACGGUGCACCAGCUGGGGCUGGACCUGUGGCGGGACGUGGUGGUGCGCAACCGCCGCAUCCGGGACCGCCUGCUGGGCAUGCUGCUGGACAUGGUGGGGCGGGAGCGGGCGGGGGACGUGGUGGACAAGGGUCUGGUGCGGGCCAUGACACAAAUGCUGGUGGACCUGGGGCACCAGGUGUACUGCGAAGACUUUGAGACCCCCUUCCUGGAGCGCACUGCCGAGUUCUACGCGGCAGAGGCCGCCGAGUUUGUCUCCUCCUGCGACUGCCCCACCUACCUGGCGCACGCGGAGCGGCGGCUGGGCGAGGAGGUGGAGCGUGUGGGGGCCUACCUGGACCCAUCCACUGAAGCUAAAGUUGUCAAGGUGGUAGAGCGGGAGCUGAUCAGCCGGCAGAUGCGGGGGCUGGUGGACAUGGAGAACAGCGGGCUGGUACCGCAGCUGGUGCAGGACAAGUACGGGGACCUAUCCCGCAUGUACUGCCUGUUCAGACGCGUGGAGGGUGGCGUGGACCUGCUGCGCCAGACGAUGGGUGACCACCUGAAGGAAGGGGGCAAGGCGCUGGUGCUGGACCCAGAGCGGCAGAAGGACCCUGUGGAGUGGGUGCAGCGCCUGCUGCAGGAAAAGGAGAAGUACGACGCCCUCAUCUCCCGCGCUUUCUCCCACGACAAGCUCUUUGUGGCCGCCCUCAACUCCGCCUUUGAGCACUUCCUCAACCUCAACCCCCGCUCCCCAGAAUACAUCUCCCUCUUCAUGGACGACAAGCUGCGCAAGGGCCUCAAGGGUAUGAGCGAGGACGACAUAGAGGUGGUACUGGACAAGGGCAUCAUGCUCUUCCGCUUCCUGCAGGCGCGUGCAGGCCUGCCCUUCCCAGCCCUGGGCCUGGCCUGGUGGUCCUGCCCGGCCUGGCCUGCCCUUGAGAAGGAUGUGUUUGAGAAGUACUACAAGCAGCACCUGGCCAAGCGCCUGCUGCACGGCCGGUCCACCAGCGAGGACUCGGAGCAGCUGCUGCUGACCAAGCUGAAGACCGAGUGUGGCUACCAGUUCACCUCCAAGCUGGAGACCAUGUUUAGCGACAUCAAGCUCAGCAGGGAGAAGAUGGCUGACUUCAAGGGAUACCUGGAGGGGCAGGGGCGGAGGCUGGAUGUGGAGAUGACCAUGCAGGUCCUGACCAGCGGCAUGUGGCCGCAGACUAGUUCAGCGCCCACAUGUGUGCUGCCGCGCGAGCUGGAGCAGUGCACCUCUGAGUUUGUGGCAUACUACCUGCACGCCAACUCGGGUCGGCGGCUGACGUGGCAGACGGGGCUGGGCACCGCCGACAUCAAGGCCAUGUUUGGUGGCGGCGCCCGCAAGUACGAGAUCUCCUGCUCCACGUACCAGAUGGCGGUGCUCAUGCUGUUCAAUGACGCCGAGUCGCUGGUGUACGAGGAGAUUGAGGCGGCCACCUCCAUACCCGAGGACGACCUCAAGCGCGUGCUGCAGAGCCUGGCCUGCGUCAAGGGUAAGGCGGUGCUGCGCAAGGAGCCCAUGUCCAAGGAUGUGCGCCCGGGAGACCGCUUCUCCGUCAACGACGCCUUCACCUCCAAGUCGUACAAGGUCAAGAUCGGCAUGGUGACCGCGCAGGUGGGCGGGGAGGGGCGGGCCGCUGGGGGGAGCACCGGGCAGGGCUGCGGGGACUGCGGGGACGGGGACCGCGAGUUUCUGGAGCGAGACGCCACCGACCGAUCCACGUAUGUCUACCUGGCGUGA